AUGAGUAAGUUUGGCGCCAUGGUCAUGGGCCCGGCCGGCGCCGGAAAGUCCACCUUUUGCGCCGCCCUCAUCACCCACCUCCAGCUCAACCGUCGCUCCGCCUUCUACGUCAACCUCGAUCCCGCCGCCGAGUCCUUCGAGCACCAGCCCGACCUCGAUAUCAAGGAGCUCAUCUCCCUCAAGGACGCCAUGGAAGAGGCCGGCCUGGGUCCCAACGGGGGCCUCAUAUACUGCUUCGAGUUUCUCAUGGAAAACCUCGACUGGCUCACCGAAGCCCUCGAUAGCCUGACCGAGGACUAUCUCAUCAUCUUUGACAUGCCCGGCCAGAUCGAGCUCUACACCCACAUCCCCGUCCUGCCUACUCUCAUGAAGUUCCUCUCCCAGCCCGGAUCCCUCGACGUCCGCAUGGCCGCCGUCUACCUCCUCGAGGCCACCUUUAUUGUCGACCGCGCAAAGUUCUUCGCCGGCACCCUGAGCGCCAUGAGCGCCAUGCUGAUGCUCGAGGUCCCCCACAUCAACGUCCUGUCCAAGAUGGACCUGGUCAAGGGCCAGGUCAAGAAAAAGGACCUCAAGCGAUUCCUGACGCCAGACGUCGGCCUGCUCGAGGACGAUCCCGCCGAGCGCACACAGCGCAUAGCCCAAGGAGCCGAUGCCCAAGACGACGAGGCCAAGCGGCCCGACGAGAGGGACCAGGUCAUGAAGGGCGCCAGCUUCCGGAGGCUGAACCGGGCCGUGGCCGGCUUGAUCGAGAGCUUCAGCAUGAUCAACUAUCUGAAACUGGAUGUGACAAACGAGGACAGCGUCGGCGCCAUCCUAAGCUACAUCGACGACUGUAUCCAGUUCCACGAGGCACAGGAUCCCAAGGAGCCCAACGACGAGGAGUUUGAAGACGAGGAGUAA